CUCAAACUCAACCUGUUUAACUUGUCGAACAAUCAUCUCUCGGGAGAAAUCCCUCCCGUUUUUGAGAACAGCAUCUACUCAGAAAGCUUUCUGGGGAAUCCAUCUUUAUGCAGCGGUUUAUGCCCCGCAAGAACUCUUAAAGGGAUACAUGAAAGCUAUAUAUGGCUGGUAAGAGCCAUUUAUGUCACCACUGGAACCAUUUUUCUUCUGGAAAUCAUCUGCUUCAUAUGUAAGUUCAGGAGACUGAAACAAGCAUCACAGCAAGGCGAGACAUUAUCGAAAUGGACAUCGUUCCACAGGUUCAGGUUCAGCGAAUCCGAGAUCUUCGAAUUUCUGGAAGAUUCCAACUUGAUUGGGAACGGGGCGUCAGGAAAAGUCUACAAGGCUACGCUGAGCAACGGCGAAAUAGUUGCUGUCAAGAAACUGGAAAACAAGGAUGAGUUUGACAUUGAAGUGGAAACAUUAGGGAAAAUCAGGCACAAGAACAUUGUGAAACUAUGGUGUUGUUGUGAUGCAGGGGACUUCAAGCUCUUGGUGUACGAAUACAUGCCCAGAGGAAGCCUUGGAGAUGUGCUGCACUGUAACAAAGGCUGUGGUUUUCUGUACUGGCCAGCCAGGUUUAAGGUGGUUUUGGAUGCAGCUGAUGCUUUGGCCUAUCUGCACCAUGAUUGUGUCCCUCCUAUUGUUCUUCGCGAUGUCAAGUCUAACAACAAUUUGUUGAACGAAGAGCUUGGCGCGAAGAUUUCGGAUUUCGGUGUGGCCAAAGUUGUGCGAGGCAGUGACAAAGGUUGUGUUGAGUGCAUGUCUGUUAUCGCUGGUUCUUAUGGUUACAUUGCACCAGAAUACGCAUACACAUUACAUGUGAACGAGAAGAGCGACAUUUACAGCUUCGGCGUCGUGAUGCUGGAGCUGGUGACAGGAAGACGGGGCGUGGAGGUCGCGUUUGGGGAGAAAGAUUUGGUGAGCUGGGUCAGCUCAGUUCUGCACAAUAAUGGAGCUGAUAAAGUGAUUGAUCCAAACUUGGAUUCCAGUUUCAGAGAACACAUGAACAAGGUUCUUGAUAUUGCUCUUCUUUGCAUCGCCCUUAUUCCGGCUAACCGUCUGUCCAUGCGCACAAUUGUGAAAUUGCUCCAAGAAUCAAAUGUCAAGUGGAAAUAUUAAUUGAAAAAUGAGACUUUAAUCAGGAGAAUAUGAUAAGGUUUACAACUCUUACAGACACACUCAUUGAAGGAGUGCACAGUUUUGUAUGUA